AUGUCAGAAGACGAUUCUUUUACCGACGAGAAUUUCGAUCCAUCUCCGAAUACCAAUGUUGGAAACUCCAGAAUUCCACAGAAACAUGAUGUCAACAAUGAGCAAGGCUACGUUGAGAAGUGGAACCAGUCAAUAAAGCAGCUUUCCAAUGAGGAAUCACCAACAGCUGGAUCACCAAACACUGUUCCGAUGUCCAGAAGGAAAAUUGUGACACAAGACAAUUUGAAUUCCUGGGUUAUGAAUUUUAUCAUAGUUGAUAUGCUUCCAUUGAAUACUGUUGAGAAACCUGGAUUUUUGAACUUAGUUUCUAGCUUGGCACCUCAUUUGGUUCUGCACGGACGAACAUUUUUUACAGCGUUACUUGAGACGACCUAUCAGGAACGGAAACAACAGUUGAUUGAUGCCUUGUUGACAUGUACCGACGCGGCUACAACAGCUGACGCUGGGACGUGUUGCAGAAAAUCUUACCUCGGUGAAACCAUACAUUGGUUCGAUGUUGGCAACCUACAACGGAAGAGUGCCUGUCUUGUUAUCCAAAGAAUCACUGGAAGGCAUACGUUUGACGUAUUAGCAGACGUCAUAGAAAAUCUUCAUAACGAAUUUGGUGUCACGUCUAAAUUACGCGGUACCACCACUGACAACGGGUCGAAUUUUUUAAAGGCUUUUCGUGAAAGAGGUGCAAUUUCCACAGUCAACGAUGGAGAGGAUUACUUUGAUAUUGAUUCUGGCGAAGAGGAAGAAGAUAUGGUUUAUUUCUAUCUUGGUGAUAUCUUAGACGGACAAAUGGUUGAAACACAUCACAACAAGAAUUUCACUCUUCCGCAACAUCGAAGAUGUGCUUGCCACCUUCUGAAUCUGGUUGCCAAAUCCGAAAAGAAGAUUCAUGAAUAUUCUUAUAAGCAACUCCGGAUUUCCCUUCAGGAUGAUGCAUCAAUUAUGUAUUGUCAGCCAUUGUUAAAUGGUCUUCUUGACACCAUCAACUUUAGAUUUGAACAUAUGUUUUGCGAUAAUGAGCUUCAUUUAGCCACAAUAUCAAACCCGAUGUUAAAACUAUCAUGGUUAGAAACAGAAGAAGAAAUUAGGCGCGGAAAAACUCUGUCUGAGGAUUCUAGCGACGGGACGUCUUCAUCUCGCUCUGGCCCAAGCCCAGAGAAAAAAUAUAUGAGCGCGAAAAAUUUCUUUUAGUCAAUCACAAAACGAAACGAAAAAACUAAACCAAACGACGAAGUGGAUUCAUAUCUCAAAUUAUGUAAUACCUUGGAACAA